AUGGGACCCAAGGGAGUCUAUGAACAGGGAUGCCCCGGCCCGAACCUCGGCGUUCUGGCGUGGUCGUUGACUGGCGUGGGUCGUCGCGGAGCCUCGAGGUGGUCUCGUUUUUGGACCGUCUCGACCAAUGAGGACACGCCCACCCACGAGCCCUCAGCCACCCUGGGCGAGCAGAUUCUCUCGGAGCUGCUGGAGCUGCCCGGCGCGGGGGUCUCGGUGCGUGUGGCCGUCAAUGCCCCUCAAAAUCCACCCCAUGGGGACCUCCAGGCCCUGGAGAGGAGUGGGGCCUCGGUGCGCGCCGUGGACCUGGAGAACCUGACGGGGGGGGUCCUGCACACGAAGCUCUGGGUCGUGGACCGGAGACACCUCUACCUGGGCAGCGCCAACAUGGACUGGAGGGCGCUCACACAGGUUAAGGAGCUCGGCGUCGUCAUCUACAACUGCAGCUGCCUGGCCCAGGACGUGGCCAAGAUCUUCGAGGCCUACUGGGCCCUGGGCGUGCCGGGGGCCACCAUCCCGUCCCCGUGGCCCGAGAGCUUCUCCACCUCCUUCAACCGGGAGACGCCGCUGGCGCUGACGCUCAACGGCUCCGACGCCAGCGUUUACUUCUCGUCGUCUCUCUCCCCGCUGUGCGCCGAGGGCCGCACGCCGGACCUGGCGCUGCUGGCCGUCAUCGGCAGGCGCGAGGCGCUCGUGGACGUGUCGGUGAUGAGUUACCUGCCCGGCACCGAGUUCUCCCGGCCCCGGCGCUUCUGGCCGGCCGUGGACGAGCGGCUGCGGCGCGCGGCCGUGGGAGCGGGCGUGGCCGUGCGGCUCCUGGCCGGCUGCUGGGCCCACAGCAACCCCCUCAUGUUCCCCUUCCUGAGGUCCCUCGCUGCCCUCGGAGGGGAGAGGUUCCACGUGCAGGUG